CUGGUGUGGGUGGGUGAAGAAGGAGCGGGCCCUCGCCGCUCUGUCUCACUCUCUCGUGCGCUCUCUCGGGCAACAUGGCGGGCGUGGAGGAGGCAGCGUCCUCCCGGAGCCACCUGAAUGGCGACUUGGAUCCAGACGACAGAGAAGAAGGAGCUGCCUCUACAGCUGAGGAAGCAGCCAAGAAAAAAAGACGGAAGAAGAAGAAGAGUAAAGGGGCUGCCACAGCAGGGCAACAGGAACCUGAUAAAGAAUCAGGAGCCUCAGUUGAUGAGGUAGCAAGACAAUUGGAAAGACAAGCAUUGGAAGAGAAAGAAAGAGAUGAUGACGAUGAAGAUGGAGAUGGGGAUGGAGAUGGAGCAGCUGGAAAGAAGAAGAAAAAGAAGAAGAAGAAGAGAGGACCAAAAGUUCAAACAGACCCUCCCUCAGUUCCAAUAUGUGACCUGUAUCCUAACGGUGUAUUUCCCAAAGGACAAGAAUGCGAGUACCCACCCACACAAGAUGGGCGAACAGCUGCUUGGAGAACUACGAGUGAAGAAAAGAAAGCAUUAGAUCAAGCUAGUGAAGAGAUAUGGAAUGAUUUUCGAGAAGCUGCAGAAGCACAUCGACAAGUUAGAAAAUAUGUUAUGAGCUGGAUCAAGCCGGGGAUGACAAUGAUAGAAAUCUGUGAAAAGUUGGAAGACUGUUCACGAAAGCUAAUUAAAGAGAAUGGAUUAAAUGCAGGCCUGGCAUUUCCUACCGGAUGCUCUCUGAAUAACUGUGCUGCCCAUUAUACUCCAAAUGCUGGUGACACAACAGUAUUACAGUAUGAUGACAUCUGUAAGAUAGACUUUGGAACACAUAUAAGUGGUAGGAUUAUUGACUGUGCUUUUACUGUUACUUUUAAUCCCAAAUAUGAUACAUUAUUAAAAGCUGUAAAAGAUGCCACUAACACUGGAAUAAAGUGUGCUGGAAUUGAUGUCCGUCUGUGUGAUGUUGGUGAGGCCAUCCAAGAAGUUAUGGAAUCCUAUGAGGUUGAAAUAGAUGGGAAGACAUAUCAAGUGAAACCAAUCCGUAACCUAAAUGGACAUUCAAUUGGGCCAUAUAGAAUACACGCUGGGAAAACAGUGCCCAUUGUGAAAGGAGGAGAGGCAACAAGAAUGGAGGAAGGAGAAGUGUAUGCCAUUGAAACCUUUGGAAGCACAGGAAAAGGCGUUGUUCAUGAUGAUAUGGAAUGUUCACACUAUAUGAAAAACUUCGAUGUUGGACAUGUGCCAAUCAGGCUUCCAAGAACAAAACACUUGUUGAAUGUCAUCAAUGAAAACUUUGGCACCCUUGCCUUCUGCCGCAGAUGGCUGGAUCGCUUGGGAGAAAGUAAAUACUUGAUGGCUUUGAAGAAUCUGUGUGACUUGGGCAUUGUAGAUCCAUAUCCACCAUUAUGUGACAUUAAAGGAUCAUACACAGCACAGUUUGAACAUACCAUACUGUUGCGUCCAACGUGUAAAGAAGUUGUCAGCAGAGGAGAUGACUAUUAAACUUAGCCCAAAGCCGCCUCAACAUCUUUUAUUUUCUAAGCUUUGUUGGAAUACAUUAUACCAGAAGUAAUUUGCAACAUGUUGUCUGUUUAACAGUGGACCUAUGUAAUGCUUUUAUCCAUGUUUAAAAAGGAAGGAAUUUGAUCGAAGGCAAACCAUCCAAUGUAAUUAGCCAAGGAAAAAGCUUUCAAGACUUUCAAAUGUUAACUGUUUUUUCCCAUCUAGGAAAUGCUAUAAAGCUCAAAUUAGUUAGGAAUGACUUAUACAUUUUUUGUUUGAACACCUAAGAGAUGCUUUUCAGAUAUUUAUAUUGCCAUAUUCUUAAUUGAAUGCUUUGAAUGACUACAUCCAAUUCUGCACCUAUACCCUCUGGUAUUGCUUUUUAACCUUCCUGGAAUCCAUUUUCUAAAAAAUAAAGACAUUUUCAGAUCUGA